UUUAAUUAGAAAGUCAUCAGCCUGGUCUGGGAGACGAAGAAAGAGUGUAGACAGAGAAAAAAAGAAUUGGAAGCGACGAUGAGCGAAGGUCCAAAGCUCUACACCAACAAACCCAAGAAAGCGCAACUCAAACAAUUUCAAGAGCAGCAACAGAAAUCUCAGGAAUUUUCCUCACCGUCGUCGUCUUCGUCGUCAAUGGGGACUCAGUCUCCAGCUCCGCCACCCCAGCAGCCUCCAAAAGAGUCAUUUGCUCGGCGCUACAAGUUUCUCUGGCCUAUGCUUUUGGCUGUCAAUCUUGCUGUUGGAGCUUACCUCUUCGUGAGGACAAAGAAGAAAGACACAGGCGUAGAGGAAGAAGUUGCAACUCCAGUUUCAACAAUGGCUCCUACAACUGCUCCUGCUGCUGAAAAAUCCUUACCCUCGCCACCCAUCAAAGAGGCUGUGAAGUUGAAGGAACCAAUUCCAGAGGAUCAGCAGCGUGAACUUUUCAAGUGGAUAUUAGAAGAGAAAAGGAAGGUCAAACCAAAAGAUCCUUCAGAGAAGAAGCGCAUUGAUGAAGAGAAAGCCAUUCUCAAACAGUUUAUUCGAGCAAAAUCUAUCCCAAGUAUCUAGUUAUUUAAAAGUUGUUCUCAAAUUUAAAGAUGGCUAGAAAUUAUUUUAUUUUUCUUCAUUUUAAUUGAAAAUGAAGUUUAGUUUAUACAUGUGUUGGAUAUCAAUGUCUGCAAAUACUUAGUCAAAUUCCAUUGAAGUUCUGUAAGUCUUUGUUAAGUGCAAUACAAGGAUAGCACUGACUAAUUACUUCCC